GCUGCUGGGCUGCGGCGGCGGCGGUUACUAUGGCGGAGUCGGCCGGAGCCUCCUCCUUCUUGCCUCUUGUUGUCCUCCUGCUCGCGGGCAGCGGCGGGUCCGGGCCCAGGGGGAUCCAGGCUCUGCUGUGCGCGUGCACCAGCUGCCUACAGGCCAACUACACAUGUGAAACAGAUGGGGCCUGCAUGGUUUCCAUUUUCAACCUGGAUGGGAUGGAGCACCAUGUGCGCACCUGCAUCCCCAAGGUGGAGCUGGUCCCCGCUGGGAAGCCCUUCUACUGCCUGAGCUCAGAAGAUCUGCGUAACACUCACUGCUGCUAUACUGACUUCUGCAACAAGAUUGACCUGAGGGUGCCCAGUGGUCACCUCAAGGAGCCCGAGCACCCUUCCAUGUGGGGCCCCGUGGAGCUGGUAGGCAUCAUUGCUGGCCCCGUGUUCCUCCUGUUUCUCAUCAUCAUCAUCGUUUUCCUUGUCAUUAACUACCAUCAGCGGGUCUAUCACAACCGCCAGAGGCUAGACAUGGAGGAUCCCUCGUGUGAGAUGUGUCUCUCCAAAGACAAGACGCUCCAGGAUCUCGUCUACGAUCUCUCCACAUCAGGGUCUGGCUCAGGGUUACCUCUUUUUGUCCAGCGCACAGUGGCUCGAACCAUCGUUUUACAGGAGAUAAUUGGCAAGGGCCGGUUUGGGGAAGUCUGGCGUGGCCGCUGGAGGGGUGGUGACGUGGCUGUGAAAAUUUUCUCUUCUCGUGAAGAACGGUCUUGGUUCCGUGAAGCAGAGAUAUACCAGACAGUCAUGCUACGCCAUGAAAACAUUCUUGGAUUUAUUGCUGCUGACAAUAAAGCAGGCUGCUCAUUCCUCACAUUGCUAUGGGUCUUUGUAAUGGCCCCAGCUGCCCCUAAGCUGCAGAGUCUUGGACUCACACGAAGGGGAAGAGAACAUUUUAUUUUCUCUGCAGAUAACGGCACCUGGACACAGCUGUGGCUUGUCUCUGACUAUCAUGAGCACGGCUCCCUGUUUGAUUAUCUUAACCGGUACACAGUGACAAUCGAGGGGAUGAUCAAGCUGGCCUUGUCUGCUGCUAGUGGGCUGGCACACCUGCACAUGGAGAUUGUGGGUACGCAAGGGAAGCCUGGAAUUGCUCAUCGAGACUUGAAGUCAAAGAACAUCCUGGUAAAGAAGAAUGGCAUGUGUGCCAUCGCAGACCUGGGCCUGGCUGUUCGUCAUGAUGCAGUCACGGACACCAUUGACAUUGCUCCAAAUCAGAGGGUGGGAACCAAACGAUACAUGGCCCCUGAAGUACUUGAUGAAACCAUAAACAUGAAACACUUUGACUCCUUUAAAUGUGCUGAUAUCUAUGCUCUCGGGCUUGUAUAUUGGGAAAUUGCUCGAAGAUGCAAUUCUGGAGGAGUCCAUGAAGAAUAUCAGCUGCCAUAUUAUGACCUAGUGCCCUCUGACCCUUCCAUUGAGGAAAUGCGAAAGGUUGUAUGUGACCAGAAGCUACGUCCCAACAUCCCUAACUGGUGGCAAAGUUAUGAGGCACUACGGGUGAUGGGGAAGAUGAUGCGGGAGUGUUGGUAUGCCAACGGCGCAGCCCGCCUGACUGCUCUGCGCAUUAAGAAGACCCUCUCACAGCUCAGCGUGCAGGAAGAUGUGAAGAUCUAACCCUGCUCCCCUUCCCCCUACACGCAACCCCAGGCAGCGAGAACUACACAGAGAGCUGCCAUGUUGAGCGUACGAUGGAGGCCUACCUCUCGUUUCUGCCCAGCCCUCCGUGGCCAAGACCCCUGGCCCACAAGAGGGACAGAGCCCGGGAGACUUGCUCACUCCCAUGUUGGGUUUGAGACACAGACAACCUUUUUAUUUACCUCCUAAUGGCAUGGAGACUCUAAGAGCGAAUUGUGUGGAGAACUCAAUGCCACGACUCGAACUGGUUGUAGUGGGAAGUCCCACAAACCCUGGUGCACCUGGCAUAUGGUCGGGAGCCGAUGAAAGGGGUGGCCUGGGAGGCGGAAGGAGCUAAAUUGUUGCCAGUGCUAAGCAGCACUGAGGGUUUUCCUUCAGGGACCAACCCACAGCACACUGAAGCGGCCCCAGGGGGCCAGAAGUGCAGCCCCUCUCGCAGGCAGCUCUGAGCCAAGUGCUCCCCUCCUCCCUCGCAAGGACAUCUGGAGGGAUUGCCAGUGGAGACCGAAUCUGCCGCCUGUCUGUCCAGCUGUGUGUGCAUGUGCCGAGGUGCGUCCCCUGUUGUGCCUGGUCUGUGCCACACCCUUACGUUUGUGUGUGUGUGUGGGUGUGUGUGUGUGUCUGUAGGUGCGCACUUACCUGCUUAAGCUUUCUGUGCAUGUGCAGGUCUGAGGUGUGGUUGUCCUGCCGUCUCUGCGUGCUGGUGCCUGUGUUCAGUAGUGAGCAGCAUCUAGUUCUCUGGUGCCCUUCCUGGAGGUCCCCCGUUCCCCCUCCUCCAGAGCCCCUGUGCCGCGGUGGGACUGCUUUCCCAUAGGCUGCUCUGCCCACCCCUGUAUCAACACAGCUCUUCUCCAUUUCAGACUGGAACCAAAGCUGGCCCAGUUGCCCGUGGCAGAGGGCUUUUGGGUCAGAAUGUGAGGGGAGGGGGUGGGAUGGGCAGGGAAAGAAUCUUGGCAGGAGAAUCUUGGGUGUUAUGGUUAGCGACAUCCAUGGGAAAGGAGGCAGCCCAAGGGCAUCAUACCCAUCAGCAUCAAGGAAGGGCCGAGGAAUUUGAAGCCCAGAUCUCGGGACUCAAAUUGGAAUGUCACAUCUGUCUUUCAUAUCCCAGAUUCUGGAAACAGCAGUGUAUAUUUUUGGUGGUGGUGGG